AUGAACUCGUCUCUGCUGCGAUCAUACAAGUGCCAGGACUGGGCGUUGGGUCUGGCGCUAGUCGGGACAAACGUGUUGGCAUCCACGUCCAAUGGAAAAGUCUAUGUUCUUAAUAGGAACCUAGACAACGUGCAAACCAUCACCGCUCAUUCAAUGUCUGUGAACAAGAUCCGAUCUGUUGACCAAAAUACCUUUGCGACGGCCUCCAACGAUUCAACGGUAAAGGUCUGGGAUACGCGUCAGUCCCGAAACGUUGUUGAGGUGUCGAACGCUCGAAAACUGCCGUUCUUAUCUCUGGACUUUGGCCAUAACAUGUUGGUAGCAGGAACAGAACUUAGCGGAACCGACUCCGAGCUGCUGCUAUGGGACAUCAGAAACCCGUCAAAUCCUGUGCGGUCGUUCGUGGACAGCCACAACGACGACAUCACCGAGGUCCGGUUCCAUCCGUCCAACUCGAACCUGCUUCUUAGUGGAGCCACCGACGGGUACGUGAACCUGUACGACCUGACGAUCGCCGAGGAGGACGAUGCGCUGAUCCAGGUGAUCAACUUUGCGUCGAUCCAUUCGGCCAACUUCCUGUCUCCAAAACGGAUCUACACGCUGUCGCACAUGGAGACGUUUGCUAUUCACGAGAUCAACGACCAGAAAACCGAGGAGCACGUGGAGCCGAAACCGCGUGAGUUUGGCGACGUGCGCGGUGCGUGGGACUGCGACUACGUGGUGGACCUGUAUGCUCCGGGCUACGUUUUCUGUGGGUCCAAUUCCAAACGGGAGCUCAAAAUGUACCGGUUCGACGCUUUGGCGGAGAAUUUCAACUUUUCCGCACAACAGCCUACGUAUUUCCCUGGAGCGCACGGCGAUGAGGUGGUGAGGGACGUUCUUGUGGACGGUGGCAGGGUGUACACUGCCGGAGAAGACCAUAUGGUGAAGAUGUGGCAGCCACCAAGUUCUGUGGCCAGCACGACGGCGCGGUUCUUCCACGAGCCGGCAGAACAACCAUCGACCCCCCCACAGCCACGGGAGACGUUGUCCCGCAAAAAACACAAGAAACGCAAGCACAAGAAGGACCCGUCCAGAUUCAAGCCGUACUAG